AGGUUCAUACCCGCAGUAUACGUCGAUCCUAAAUCUCCAGGGCAUUGAGUUCCCAAUGUCUCUGGGGUAUAUUGGGAAGUUUGAACGGCUGAACGACAUCUCCGUCAAUGUCUACAGCUUCGAGGAGAAGAUGAAGAAGGGGCCAACAGUCUUCCCGCUGCACCUCACCAGCCAGAAGAGGGAUAGACAUGUAAACUUGCUUUACACGCCGAAUCAAGAGCACGGCGAUGUAGGGCACUUUGCAUGCAUUAAGGACUUGUCCAGGCUGGUGGGCAUGCAGCUGAGCAGGCACAAAGCCAAGAAAUUCAUCUGCGAUCGAUGCAUGCACUACUUCGGAUCUACCGAGAAGUUGGAGGUGCAUUCGCUGGACUGCGGGCAGAUAAACAACUGCGCCAUUCUGCUGCCCAGCGAAGGCGACAAUCUGCUCAAUUUCAGCAACCACGAUAGGAAGGAGCGGCUCCCUUUCGUGGUAUAUGCAGAUCUGGAGUGCAUCAUCGCAAAAACGUUGGACAACCAAGCGGGUGAUAAUAAAUUACAUACAUAUCAACACCACAAUGUACACAGCAUUGCAUAUUAUAUGCAUUGUUCAUAUGAUACAUCACUGUCGAUGUAUCGAUGUCGCCGCGACACAGAUUGUGUUUCAUGGUUCGUCGACGAACUUAAAAAUUUUGCAAACUUUGCCAAACCUAUUCUUACCAGUAAUGUUCCCAUGCUGGAUUUAACUCCCGAACAGUUGACGACAUUUCGCAAUGCAGCACAUUGUCAUAUUUGCGAAGAACCAUUCAAGGCUAGCGAUGUACGAGUUCGCGAUCAUUGCCAUCUGUCCGGACGGUUCAGAGGCCCAGCACAUUCGGAGUGCAAUUUAAAUUAUAAAAAUGUGUUUUACAUCCCCAUAGUUUUCCAUAAUUUAUCCGGCUAUGAUUCGCAUUUCAUUAUCGAGGAAAUAGCUACCGCUUUCGAAGGUCACAUUGAUGUAUUACCUAUAACUAAAGAAAAAUAUAUUUCUUUCACAAAACAUGUUGAAGAUACGGAUGAAUCAGACUCGCAAAAUUAUAUUAAAUUACGAUUCAUCGAUUCAUACAAAUUUCUAAAUACCAGUCUCGACAAAUUAGCAUCUUUUCUUAACACAGAUCAAUUAAAAAUUUUGCGAUCCCAAUUUGGAACAUUAUCCACUGAAGAUUUCAAUUUAUUGACGCGAAAGGGUGUCUUUCCAUAUGAAUACCUUGAUUGCGCGAACAAGCUGCAGGAUCCAUGCUUACCACCGCGCGAGUCAUUCUACAGUUCGUUAACGGGCGAGACUGUAUCAGAGACCGAUUACGCACACGCCGAGACAGUCUGGCAGCGUUUCGAGAUUAGAACCUUGGGCGAAUACAGCGAUUUGUAUUUGAAAACUGAUGUCUUGUUAUUGGCAGAUAUUUUUGAAAAUUUUCGCGAAAGUUGUAUCAAGAGCUACGGAUUAGAUUCAGCGCAUUACUAUACUCUACCUGGUUUCACAUGGGAUGCAAUGCUAAAACAUACCAAAAUUACAUUCGAAUUGCUCACAGACAUCGAUAUGGUCAUGUUUAUCGAACGCGGUAUACGCGGGGGCUUAAGUCAAUGUUCCGGAAGAUACGCACAUGCCAAUAACAAGUACAUGUCAUCUUACGACGCAUCGGAAGAGUCAUCGUACUUGAUGUACUUUGACGUGAACAAUUUGUAUGGAUGGGCAAUGUGUCAGCCUCUACCAUACGCUAAAUUUCAAUGGGUCGAAGAUGUUGUAAAUUUUGACGUAUCUUCAAUCGGUGUCGAUUCGCCCACGGGAUACAUUCUCGAGGUAGAUCUGGAAUAUCCGCAACGUCUGCACGAUGCUCAUGCAGAUCUGCCGUUCUGUCCGACGCGUGCCAAACCACCUGGCAGCAGGCAGGACAAGUUACUCGCGACGGUAUACGAUAAGCAGCGUUACAUAAUCCAUUAUCGCAACCUGCAGCAGUGCACGCGUCACGGUCUUCGUAUUACAAAGAUACACCGCGUGCUUCAAUUCGCUCAAUCUCCCUGGCUCCGCGAUUACAUCGAACUCAACACACGAUUUAGAACAAGCGCGACAAACGACUUUGAAAAGAAUUUGUACAAAUUGAUGAACAACGCAGUAUUCGGUAAAACUAUGGAAAAUGUACGAAACCAUGUGGAUGUAAAACUUGUGACACAUUGGGAAGGGCGAUAUGGCGCGGAGGCAAUGAUCGCGAAACCGAAUUUCCACAGCAGAAGUGUUUUUUCGGAAAAUUUAGUAGCUGUUGAAUUGCGAAAACUCGAGGUGAAAUUCAACAAACCGAUAUACGUGGGUAUGUGCAUUCUGGACAUAUCAAAACUUUGUUUGUAUGAAUUUCACCACGAGUACAUGUCUCCUAAACACGGGCAAAAUUGUAAAAUUCUAUACACCGACACUGACAGUCUUAUUUAUCACAUUCGGUGCGACGAUAUCUACGAGUCUAUGAAGCACAAUAUCGAUAGAUUCGACACAAGCGAUUAUCCUACCGACAAUCCAUAUAAUAUGCCACGCGUAAAUAAGAAGGUUCCGGGGCUGAUGAAGGAUGAAAAUAACGGUGCGAUAAUGACUGAAUUCAUAGGUCUUAGAGCGAAAAUGUAUGCACUUCGCGUAGACGGCAAAAAAGAUACGAAGAAGGCGAAAGGCGUCAAGACCAACGUCAUAGCCAGAACGAUAACUUUCGUCGACUACGCGCAGUGUUUGCGCAAAGAGAUCGAAAUGGUUCGCAGACAAUCAUGCAUACGGUCUAAAUUGCACAAAGUGUACACCAUUUCGGAAUCCAAAAUCGCUCUAAGUCCGUAUGACGACAAGCGAUAUAUCGUACCCGAUUCGACCGACACUCUGCCCUGGGGACAUUAUAAUAUACCGUUGUAAAAUAGAAAUUAUUAUUAUUGUAUUUAUUAUAAAUAGUGGAAU